ACGUUUUUCAGUUGCAACAGCCAUUGUGAAUCGCCGUUCUGUUUAUUGUCAAAUUUUAUUCCUGGUUGUGCGUAUAAGACAGAAAAUCAGAUUUGAGUGAUUUCGAUUUAAUAUAUAUCUCAAUAUGCCGAUCAUAAAGUUAACAUCCUCAGAUAAUGAGACCUUUGAAGUGGAUGUUGAGAUUGCAAAAUGUUCUGUCACCAUAAAAACUAUGUUGGAAGAUCUUGGCUUAGAGGAAGAGGAUGAUGAGCCUGUUCCAUUGCCCAAUGUGAACUCAGCUAUUUUGAAGAAAGUUAUUCAGUGGGCUACAUAUCAUAAGGAUGAUCCACCACCACCAGAAGAUGAUGAGAAUAAAGAGAAGCGUACAGAUGACAUUUCUUCAUGGGAUGCUGACUUUUUGAAGGUUGAUCAGGGCACUUUAUUUGAACUCAUCCUUGCUGCUAACUAUCUCGAUAUCAAGGGUUUGCUUGAUGUUACUUGCAAAACAGUUGCUAACAUGAUUAAAGGAAAGACUCCAGAAGAAAUUAGGAAGACCUUCAACAUCAAAAAUGAUUUCACUGCAACGGAGGAAGAGCAAGUGAGAAAAGAAAAUGAAUGGUGUGAGGAAAAAUAAUCUGACUGUCAACAUUUUCAUCCAAAUGUAUUUAUUAUUAACUAUUAAGCUAUAUAAUCAAUGUCUAAUAAACAAAUGCUUUGUACAUCUUCAAAAUUAAAAAAAUACAUAUGUCAAAAAAAUAAG